AUUUCGAAUACAGACACCUCAAAAGUUGUUAUUUCAGGAGAUUGGAAUAGUACUCUUAACCCAAUCGAUAAGCGAGGUGGCCAGCCUUGGAGAGCUAGAGACUAUAGAAAUUCUCUCAUGAAUCUCAUGGAAGAACUCAAUCUUAUUGAUAUUUAUCGACAAAUCCAUCCCACCACAAAAUCCUUCGCGUACGAGUCAAAACCUUUAAAUUUAAAAUCAAGGAUCGAUUUUUUUUCCUUAUUUCUCGUCCUCUGUGUUGUUGCGUUAAGAGUACAGAAAUUCGAACAUCAAUAGCACCCAACCAUAAAUCAAUAUUCCUAAACAUCGAAAUUAAAAGGGAAUUCGCAAGAGGCCCGGGAUUAUGGAAAUUUAAUAACACCUUACUGGAGGAUGACAAUUACAAAGAACUCAUCGAAUUCUACUACCCGCAAAUUUUAGUAAAAUACCAUGAAGUCACCGAUAAACAGCUUCUAUGGGAAUUGAUAAAAAUGGAGUUACGCGCGAAAACGAUUAAGUAUUCGAAAGAGAAAAGAUCUCAAUUAAGAAACGAAGAAAAAGCUCUUCAAGAAGAACUUCAAGAACUGGAUCGAAAAAUCUGUAACAACGAUGUCUUCGAUCAGGAGACUCUGGAAAAAUAUGAAUCUGCUAAGGGUAAAUUGAAAAGGAUACACGACAUUAGAGGGAAAGAAGCUAUAUUUAGGUCCAAGACAAAAUGGCUCGAACAAGGAGAAAGGUCAACAAAAUACUUUUUCAAUUUAGAAAAAAACAACUACGAGAAAAAAUUAAUUCGGGAAGUAAAAUUAGAAAAUGGUGAGAUAAUUUCAAAUUUUGCGCAGGUUAAUAAAGAAAUUGAGGACUUUUAUGGCAAAAUGUAUACCUCUAAAAUGUUUGGCAGCGAUGUAUCUGAACACAACCAUAACAUUCACAAAUUUAUCGAAGGUCUUAACAUCCCACAAUUAAACAUAGAAGAGCAAGAAUCUCUAGAAAAAGAUCUGACGUUCGAGGAACUAAAAGAUGCUCUAACAUCCGUCGCAGACAAUAAAUCGCCAGGAGAAGAUGGAUUCACAAAAGAAUUCUAUGAAGCAUUCUUUGAUCUCCUUGGGAAAUACCUUUUAAAUUCUUAUAAUGAGGCGUUUAACAGAGGAUCAUUAUCUGUUUCCCAGAAAAGAGGGACAAUAACGCUUAUUCCGGAAGGUGAUGAAAAUCUGUCUGAUUUAAAGAACUGGCGCCCUAUAUCUUUACUCAAUAUCGACUACAAGAUUCUUUCAAAAGCAUUGGCCAAACGAAUGGAGCAAUAUUUACCUAAACUAAUUCAUUCUGAUCAAACAGGGUUUGUCAACGGAAGAUAUAUAGGCCAAAAUAUAAGACUACUCAGUGACAUAAUGGAUUUUUUAGAUAGCAAAAAAUGCCAGGGAAUAUUUCAGUUCGUAGACUUCGAAAAGGCUUUCGACACCUUGGAAUGGAGUUUCAUAUCAAAAACCUUAGAAGCUUUUAAUUUUGGAAAUAAUUUCAAAAAAUGGUUUAAUGUUCUUUACAACAGUGUUCAAAGCUCCGUCGUAAAUGGCGGGUUUAUGACAAACUAUUUUGAAAUAACAAGGGGAGUUCGCCAAGGCUGUCCACUUAGCCCCUCCUUAUUUAUUCUUGCAGUCGAGUUGUUAGCCCUUAAGAUACGUCAAAACACGAAAUGUGAGGGCAUAUAUUUACCAAACAAUCAAGAAGUAAAAAUUUCACAAUUUGCAGAUGAUACAACUAUAAUAACUAACAACACGGACUCUCUCAAAUCGCAUCUUCAAACGAUCGAAUGGUUCGGCACCGUCUCAGGCUUAAAGUUAAAUAAAAAAAAGACUAAGGUAAUGUGGUUAGGUACAAUCAAACACAGUAACUCGAAUAUACUAGAAUUUAAAAGCACAAAAACCCUAUUAAAGUUCUGGGCACGUUUCUAUCGUACAAUCAAAACAAGAACAUCGAGGAGAACUUUCUUAGCAGAAUUCGAAAAAUGAAAACCAAAUUGCAUCUGUGGCUUUCCAGGGAUUUGACGCUAUACGGAACAUCUUUAUUAGCUAAAACGUUAAGAGUUUCUCAGUUAGUCUAUGCAGCAUCCAUGCUGACUGUUCCAUCUUUAGUUAUAAAAAUGUUCAAACAGAGCUUUUCUCAUUCUUCUGGAAAAACAAAAAGACAAAAUAAAAAGAACGGUCAUGUACCAACCUCUUGCGGAAGGAGGUCUUAAUUUUGUGAACUUUUUUGCUGCAGUAAAAUCACUCCGCCUAGCGUGGAUAAGUCGGUUAUUGAGUAGCACCACCGACUCGUGGAAAGCAAUUCCAAAUUAUUAUUUCAAUACCUAUGGUGGAUUAAAAUUCCUUCUUAAAUGCAACUAUAACGCGUCCUCCAUAAAUAAUAGUUUACCUACUUUCUAUCGGGAGCUUUUAGAAUAUUUUCAAGAAUUUAAAGAGAAGACUAAUAUAUUUUCGUAUGGCAAAUUCCUGCUAUGGAACAAUGAGGCAAUAACCAUUGACAAAAAUACUCUUUUCUGGAAAUCUUGGUUCAAGAAGAACAUCCUCCCUGUACAAGAUAUCCUAAAUGCAGAUGGAAACUUCCUAACAUUCCAAGAAUUUCAAGAUAAGUUCAACAUAAAAACAAAUUAUCUCCACUACUUCCAACUCAUAGCAGCUAUUCCAACCGACUUGAAGAAAAAAGCAAGGGAAUGUGAGGCUCCCUCUCGCGAGCUACUAAAUACUACUACGGUAUCUUUGUUUCCUAAUGGCAGUCCUGUAGAUUUGGCAGACAUGCGAUGCAAACACUAUUAUAAAAUACUUAAUGAAAACCCUACAGUAGAACCAACGGGCAUCAAAGCCUGGAAAGUCAAUUAUGCCGAUACUUAUACAGAAUGGAAAAACAAGUUUUCUUUUAUAUAUCAAUCAACAAGAGACAACAAGUUAAGACUGUUAAUUCUCCUUUAAAUUAUUGCAUAGAAUUAUAGUAACCAAAAAAGAGCUACUCAAAUUUCGAUUAACAAAUGACGCAACCUGUAUCUUUUGCCCUAACUCAGACUCAAUAGAGCAUACUUUCCUACAGAUCCAUGUACAUGUAACCUGUGUCACAAGUAUAUUUAAAUGUACGAGUUUGUUUGUUUGUAAAUGGCAACACAUCUAUAUGAAUCAUAAGGCUUUAAUUAACAGGUUUGUGAAAAUGAAGAAUGAUCAUCGCAGUUAGUUGCGAGCGAGGUCAACUUUUUUUUUAUCAAUAAAUUGACCUCGCUCCCAAUGGGUGGCUUCAUAGCUCAGUUGGUAGAGCAUCGCACCGGUAUUCGCGGAGGUCAAGGGUUCGAAUCCCGUUGAAGCCCUGAUUUUUUCAGGCUGCUUCUUUCUAAUUGCUCAAAUUGGAAAAUUAGCUGCGAUGAUCAUUCUUUAUUUUCAUCUGCGACUGCAGUUGAAAUAUGAAUUAUUUCAUAUAUGUUUCAUAACGGUUCGUAUGUCCUGGCUUACCAUUUUGUGCAAGUUUAAACAUGAAAGCUUGUCCAGACCUUGACUUGUCCGGCUUCCAGACCUUGUCAUUAUUUCUCGUCCUCUGUGUUGUUGCGUUAAGAGUACAGAAAUUCAAACAUCAAUAGCACCCAACCAUAAAUCAAUAUUCCUAAACAUCGAAAUUAAAAGGGAAUUCGCAAGAGGCCCGGGAUUAUGGAAAUUUAAUAACACCUUACUGGAGGAUGACAAUUACAAAGAACUCAUCGAAUUCUACUACCCGCAAAUUUUA